AUGAUCCGUCGAAUGCGUCAAAGUCCCAUAGUUUUCCUAUGCCUCCUGGUGUCCCUCCUUGUUGGACAGGCGAAUUCUGCCGAAGAAGAAGCGGCUCGACCAAGCGUCACCCUCACCAUCUGGACAACGCCCAACAAGGACUGGCACAAUGAAUUAUUAAAAAAUGUCAAAGGCAUCGUCAGUCGUUUCAUGGAUCUUGAUCAUGUUUUGAUAUUCGAGCCCGAGUUUUACAUCCAUGAUGCUCACUCGGUGUGCCAUGAUGUUGGGAAAGAAUGCCCCGGGAACUGCCUCUACAACGGCCGCUACUGCCGAUCACAAGGAGGCGAGGAGGAUGAGCAGUACCAAGAGGUCCUUGGAUUUAAAAUUGUGGCAGAAAGUGCUAGACGCAAAUGUAUCUGGAAAAUUGCUAGCAAGAAUGCGAAUCCAAUGCUCUAUUUUCAAUAUCUGGAAGAACUGGAAUCAUCGGAAUGUGAUAUACAGCUUACAAAAGAGUGUUUGGCAAAAGUUUAUGGCAAGGUGGGGUUGCAAGAAAAGGAAGUCAAUCAGUGUACUUAUGGCACUGACGAUGCCCAUGACAAUACGCAUGAAGAUGUCAUCAACCCCGUCCUGCAAGAGCAAACAGCACUUCAAAGAAAGUGGUCAAUCAGGGAUCGGGCCCUGCCCCAAGUAUUUGUCAAUGGACAUGAGGUGUUGAAUGAACAAGAUCUAUCAAUGGUGUCCAUAUUUCAGGCAGUUUGUCAAGCAUUUCCAAAUGAUUCCAUUCCACAGGCAUGCACAGUCUGUCAGUGUGGAUCUUCUGCGGAUGAUAAUCUUGUCGAAGCUUGCUUGAAGGAUCUUGUGUGCCAGCAAGAGCAAGAAGAAAAUUGGGUAUUUAAGUCUAGCAGCAAUGCUUUGAUCACCGACACUCCACCAACUGGAGCUGCUGUCGCCCCAACCGCAAGUCCAUCAACAAUAGCACCUUCUACUAGUCCAGUAACAAUCUCCCUGACAAUAUGGACAACACCCAACAAGGAUUGGCACAAUGAAUUGCUCAAAAGUGUCAAAGGAAUCGUCAGUCGUUUCAUGGAUCUUGAUCAUGUCCUGAUAUUCGAGCCCGAGUUUUACAUCCAUGAUGCUCAUUCUGUGUGCCAUGAUGUUGGAAAAGAAUGCCGGAGGAACUGCCUCUACAACGGCCGCUACUGUCGAUCACAAGGAGGCGAGGAGGAUGAGCAGUACCAAGAGGUCCUUGGAUUUAAAAUUGUGGCAGAGAGUGCUAGACGCAAAUGUAUCUGGAAAAUUGCUAGCAGGAACACCAAUCCAAUGCUCUAUUUUCAAUACCUGGAAGAACUGGAAUCAUCAGGGUGUGAUUUACAGCUUACCAAAGAGUGUUUGGCGGCAGUUUUUGGCAAGGUGGGGUUGCAAGCACAAGAAGUCAAUCAUUGUACCUACGGCACUAACGAUGCCCACGACAAUACACAUGACGAUGUCAUCAACCCCAUUCUGCAAGAGCAAACAGCACUUCAAAGAAAGUGGUCAAUCAGGGAUCGGGCCCUACCCCAAGUAUUUGUCAAUGGACAAGUGGUGUUGAAUGAACAAGAACUUUCUGUGGCAUCCAUGUUUCAGGCAGUUUGUCAAGCAUUUCCAGAUGGUUCCAUUCCACAGGCAUGCAUGGUCUGUUUGGAUCAUUGUGGAUCUUCUGCGGAUGAUAACCAUGUCGAAGCUUGCUUGAAGGAUCUUGUGUGUCAUCAGGAGGAAGAUUGGGAAAUUGAGUCUACCAACAUUACUGUCACCGCCAACAACACUCCAACAACUGGGGCUGAUGUCACCCCAGCCACAAGUCCAUCAACAAUAGAGCCUUCCACUAAUCCAGGAAUAGUCUCCUUGACAAUAUGGACUGCCCCUAACAAAGACUGGCACAGUGAGUUGUUUAAGGGUGUCAAAGAAAUUGUCAAUCGUCUCAUGCAUGAAGACCACGUGAUGCGCUUCAACCCAGAGAUGUUCAUUCAUGAUGCCCAUGCAGUUUGUCACGAUUCUGGCAAAGACUGUCCCCAACAUUGCCUUUACCGUGGCCGCUAUUGUCAGAUCCCAGGUGGUGAAGAUGAUGAGCAUUAUCAGAAUGUUUUGGGAUUCCCCAUGGUGACAGAAAGUGCCAGGCGCCAAUGUAUAUGGGAGAUUGGAAGCAAUCGACUUGGCAAUCCAAUGGUUUACUUUCAGUACAUGGAAGAAUUAGAGUCAUCUGGAUGUGAUGCACAACUCACCGCAGAGUGCCUGAAUGGAGUCUUUGAUAAGCUUGGAUUGCACGCAUUGGAAGUCAAUCAGUGCACCUACGGCACUGCAGAUGGCAGUGACAACACACAUGAGGAUACUCCCAAUGAAAUACUCAAUCGGCAAGCAGAUUUGCAAGGACAGUUGCCCUUUAAUGCCAGAAACCUCCCCAAGGUACUGGUCAACGGAAAAGAUGUCCUCAAUGGGGAAAAGUUGUCAAUAGUAUCUAUACUCGAAGCCGUUUGUGAAGCAUAUCCAAAGGAAAUGGUUCCUGAUACAUGCUCCACUUGUUUGUAUAAUUGCCAGUCUUCUUCUGAUGCUAGUCAUCUGGAAUCCUGUCUGAAGGAUCUUGUCUGUCAUCAGGAAGCAGACUGGGAGAAGGAAGGACAAGGAGAAGCUAGCACAGCUUCCAAUGCUGUCUCCGCAGUGAUGGCGUCAACAGCAGUACCGACAGCAGUACCGACAGCAGUACCGACAGCAGUACCAACAGCAGUACCAACAGCAUCAACAGUUGAUGCUUCUGCAGCCAUCACACUUACCAUCUGGACAACACCCAACAAGGAUUGGCACAAUACACUAUUCAAAAGCGUGAAGGAAAUUGUCAGUCGUCUCAUGGAUCAAGAUCAUAUUCUCCUUUUUGAACCCGAGUUCUACAUCCAUGAUGCUCAUGAUGUCUGUCAUGACAAAGGAAAACACUGCUCAGAAAACUGCCUCUAUCAAGGACGUUACUGUCAAACUGGAGGAGGCGAGGAUGAUGAGCAUUAUCAUGAUGUCCGUGGAUCUAUCUUGGUGACAGAAAGUGCCAGGCGCCUUUGUAUUUGGGGCAUUGCUAGCAAGAAAGCCAAUCCAAUGGUGUUUUUUCAGUAUCUGCAAGAACUGGAAUCAUCAGGGUGUGAUGCACAACUUACAACGGAGUGUUUGGCAGCAGUUUAUGGAAAGGUGGGGCUGCAAGCAAGCAAAGUCAAUCAAUGUAUCUAUUCUACUGCAGACGGCCAUGAUAAUGCACAUGAAGAUGUCAUCAACCCCAUCCUGGAAAAACAGGCAUCAUUGCAGGAGAAACUACAUUUCAAUCAUUUAGAGCUACCAAAAGUACUCAUCAAUGGGCAAGCGGUUCUGGACGACCAAGCAGUCACCACAGCUUCUAUCUUUCAAGCCAUUUGCCAGGCAUUGCCUAAUGAUUCCAUGCCACCGGCCUGCACUGUCUGUUGGGAGCAGUGUGAAUCUUCAAAUGGUAGUUUUGUGGAGGCUUGCUUGAAAGAUCUCAGUUGCCGCGAGGAGAAACACGACAAGACCGUCGGUGGUGAGACAAAUCAUGAAAAAGCAGGAGAUGGUGCCACGACAAACAUUUCCGGAGAAGCAGCCGAGAAGCGGAGCUCGAGCGAUCAUGCAAGUGAGGCUCAAGAUGCCGCUUCGCUUUACGACGCCACCUCUGGAUUCGCCAAAUUGACAGAUCUACUUGGUAGUCGCAAGAUUUACACCUACCAGAUGUUUCAGGCGUGCGGAGUUGAUUUCAACAAUCCAGGACCUUUGGUUUCCGCCAUUCAGAAGGAUGAUUUGGAAGCUUUCGUCAGUGGAGUGGAUGAUUGUACAAAAGACGGGUCGGACCAGUUUGUCAAUGCCUGCAAUCGAUUUGAACAAUGUGCCGGAUUUGACUUUCUUGAGUUUUCCGAAACGAAUGCCCAUGCUUUAGGAAAGUCCUUUUUUGGAUGCUUACAUGCAUUUGCCGACAAGGACAUCGGCCGUGACGUUGCUGUCGAACGGUGCACGGGUUUGACUUUCAACACUGGAUUAUACAAAUCGGUGCGUCAUUUUUUGGAAUACAAUGAUAAGAUCUGCCCCUGUCUACCACAGCUACAAAAGAACAUUCCGGAAUGUAUCUUCCAACGAGACCGUGGCGACGAUACCACUGUGCUGGAUGGACCCGCUGUGCAGCUGUCGACCUGUCUCCUGGGAGAGUUGUGUCAGAAAGUCGACUCCUUGUGUCGAGAAGAGGUCGCAGAUUUGAACGCAUGUUUGCCGUCGAAGGACGACAAGAGCAAAUCUUGCAAGACGAUCGAGAAAGACUGCCAAGAGAAAGGCGCACUCUUGUUUCUCUCUCCGCCCCCCAUGGCUGGUGCUUCAUUUCCGAAUCGAUGCCAACAAAUUGCGACGAAGGGAAAGCACCGAGACGCACACAUCAUUGAACGGUAUAAUUCCUACCGACAAAGAUGCGUAUUGAAAACAGAAGACACUUCGUUCCGCGACUUUGGUUCACCGGAUGACGAAGUGACAGCGUCUUCUUCUACCGAGAGCCAUUCCGGCUCAUCUCAUAUUCGGUUUGCAGGUGGAAUGAUGAUUCUGGUGAUUCUGGUAGUGUUGGGCAUACUAGUAGCGAUAUGCUUGCGUCGAAGGCAAAGAAAUGUAAAACAUGAAUACUCUCAAAUGGAGAUGCCACCCUUGGGCGCUGAGCAGGACUUUCCCAACGGUGGCGAACCUGAUUUCGAUGACGAUGACGAGGAACAGCAUGGACCGUAUCGAGACGCAGUCGACGAAGCAGCAGAGCACCAACUAUAUCGAGACGAAGUUGACUGCGAUCCAGCCUACUGA